GCAACAAAGAAUUAGGAGGCCAGCAAGAAGUGCGAAUUGGGCCACGUUAAGUCGGGCCUAUAAACAAAUACUUGGUAUGGUUGAGUUUCAUUUGCAGAGGUACAAGAACUUAAACGAGACCGACGCAAGAUUAUUGUUGUUAUUAUUAUUAGGAGCCGUUAUCAGAGUGGGGCAGACUAGGAUGAAGAAGAUGAAGCAGAAGCAGCAAGCAUGGAAAGUGGAAAUAGAAGCCAAGAAGGCCGAUGGCUUGGCUUUCGGGCUCAAGGCAACCAAGGCCUUGCCGCCACCGGCGACUGCUGCUGCUCGCAAGUUGUUCCGAUUUUCACUGCGCCUGAAGCUUUCCUCAGUCGUCAUCCAUGUCAAAUCUAAACACAAACCUUCAGUCUGGCCCAACCCCCUCAAAUUCUUCAAAUCUAAAUUUGCGCCAAAGUUUAGCGACAAAUUUCGCGGAAGAACCAUUCCUGCUGCUGCUGCUAAGACAACUCUCAACAUCCCUCCUCCACCAAGAUGGAAGGCGAUGACUAUCAUCAAGGGAUGGGAUUGUUGUGGUGGUGGUAGCUCUUCCGCAUGGCUUCAAAAUCUUUACCUCUUGCGGCAAUCGAUAUCCCAGAAAGAUCAAAAUGGGAUAGUACUACAACUAGCAGUUAAUGUUUCGGGGUGGACAGGGCCUAUCAGAUACGUUGCUUCUUCAGUAUUCGAGAAUGAUGCGGGUUUUGGCAGAAAACUGAGCAUCAUACUAGUGUUGUUGCUGCUGGUUACGGUGUUUAUUAGUCCCUCCCUCCGUUGUGCAUCCUCUCUCUCUGUUGGUGGUGCGUUCGGGAUCCUUCAAAGCCUAGGCAUUAGAAUAAAGUCUUUCCAGCUGAACGUGCGUUCAUUUGCGGUUGAGAAUUCAGAUGGGUUGAUUUUCCGUUAAUUAAGCACCAGGAUACUUAUAAAUUAUUUUGACAAGAUAAAAGGAGUGUGACAAGUUUAACAGCAUGUUUUGGCUCCGUUUGGGUAGAGUGAUUCGUUUUAUGCUUCUGUAAUAGCUGCCGUGCUGUGUAAAAGGAAAUUUUACUUUUUCUACCGCUUGAAGGAUUAUUUGAGGAGGUUCCUCUGUUUUGGUUCCAUUGCUUUAGGAGUUGAGAUUAUUUAAUUUAGUGCUUUCUUGUCGUUGGGGUGUCGGUAAGAAGAUGAAAUUUAAAGAAAUAUGCGCAUACGAGGAGGGAAAGUGAGAGAGUAUUAUGUUACAGAUUAUAAUAUAAAAAAAGAUUC